AAUAUGCAUUUGGGAUGUCGGCCAUAUUGAGUGCAUGGGAAAUCCUCGCUAAAGGGGAUGAUUCUUCCUGGCCUCGUCCUAGCUGCUACUUCUAUUGUUGUGGGGCUCAAUGGAGGCUUCGCCGGUUCCUGUUUUUGUUAUUCUCCAUGGUCGACGAUCUCCGCCUUCGUGAAACAAUCCAGGCAUUUAAUAUACAUGCGGUAACGACUGGUCGAUCCUUGUGAUUGAACAUUAACACAAGGGACCUUGGGAUUGUACGUUUGUGGGCGCACGAGAGAAGCCGCCAUGGGACCGACCGAAGACUGAGAUUUCACAGUCGAGUCAGCCUUCGUAGGGUAAUUCCUCCUGGAUUUUAACCAUAAACUACGUGGAACAAACGCCACAGGACGUAUGUAGCCUCACCCCGAAGCAAUAAAGGUCUCUUUUACGGCUCGGGGAUGGGUUGCGUCAAGAGCAAAGAGGACAAGGGCCCGGCGCUCAAGUACCGACCGGACAACAGCGCGUCGGGGCCGGGCAACUCCCACAUGGGCCACUACGGGCCGGACCCCACCCUCAUGGGCCACUCCCCCGCUGCCAAGAUGAACAACAGCGGCUACGGCGGCCACGGCAUGGGCGCCUCGCUCACGCCCUUCGGCGGCGCGUCGGCCAUCAUGACGCCGUUCGGCGGCGCCUCCAGCUCCUUCACGGCGGUGGCGGUCAGCAGUCCCUUCCCCGGCGUGGUGACAGGCGGCGUGACCUUUUUCGUGGCGCUGUACGACUACGAAGCGAGGACGGCGGACGACCUCUCGUUCUCAAAGGGCGACCGCUUCCAGAUCAUCAAUAACACGGAAGGUGACUGGUGGGAAGCUCGCUCUAUCAACACGGGUCAGAAGGGUUACAUCCCAAGCAACUACGUGGCCCCGGCAGAUUCGAUACAGGCCGAAGAAUGGUACUUUGGAAAAAUGGGCCGGAAGGAUGCAGAGCGUCUUCUGCUUGUGCCGGGGAACCAGAGGGGGACGUUCCUGGCACGAGAGAGCGAGACCACUAAAGGCGCCUACUCCCUCUCCAUCCGGGACUGGGACGACAUGAAGGGCGACAACGUCAAACACUACAAGAUCCGCAAGCUGGACAGCGGGGGCUAUUACAUCACCACGCGGGCCCAGUUCGACGCGCUGCAGAAGCUGGUGAAGCACUACACAGAGCAUUCAGACGGGCUGUGCUACAGGCUGACCACGGUGUGCCCCACGGUGAAGCCCCAGACACAGGGCCUGGCCAAGGACGCCUGGGAGAUCCCCCGGGACUCCCUCCGACUGGAGCUCAAGCUGGGCCAGGGCUGCUUCGGAGAGGUCUGGAUGGGCACGUGGAACGGCACCACCAAGGUGGCCAUCAAGACCCUGAAGCCCGGCACCAUGUCGCCCGAGGCCUUCCUGCAGGAGGCCCAGAUCAUGAAGAAGCUCCGCCACGACAAGCUGGUGCCGCUGUACGCCGUGGUGUCGGAGGAGCCCAUCUACAUCGUGACCGAGUACAUGGGGAAAGGGAGUUUACUGGACUUCCUGAAGGAGGGAGAUGGAAAAUGCCUGAAGCUGCCCCAGCUGGUGGACAUGGCUUCACAGAUCGCCGACGGCAUGGCCUUCAUCGAGAGGAUGAACUACAUCCACAGGGACCUCCGGGCCGCCAACAUCCUGGUGGGGGAAACCUUGUGUUGCAAGAUCGCUGACUUCGGGCUGGCUCGCCUCAUCGAGGACAACGAGUACACGGCCAGACAAGGUGCCAAGUUCCCCAUCAAGUGGACAGCGCCCGAGGCAGCCCUGUACGGCCGCUUCACCAUCAAGUCUGACGGCUGGUCCUUCGGCAUCCUGCUGACCGAGCUGGUCACCAAGGGCCGGGUGCCCUACCCGGGCAUGGUGAACCGGGAGGUGCUGGAGCAGGUGGAGCGCGGCUACCGCAUGCCCUGCCCCACGGGCUGCCCCGAGUCCCUGCACGAGAUGAUGAGGCAGUGCUGGAAGAAGGACCCCGACGAGAGGCCCACCUUCGAGUACAUCCAGUCCUUCCUGGAGGACUACUUCACCGCCACGGAGCCCCAGUACCAGCCGGGGGAUAACCUCUAGACCACCGGCAGCACCGGUAGAGCCCACCACCAUCACCUCCAUGGCUAGAGGUCCCCAGCAGAUGGGGGGGUGAGGGAGGGGAGAAGAGGAUAUUUUUUUUUUAUAGAAAAAGAUGUAGGUUGAAUUAUAGGCGAUUUAACAGACGCUGGCUAAGCUAUAGGGUACCGGAUCGAGGGCUACGAGUACCAGGACCACAAAGAGUACGUGGACAGGAAAAACCCGAGAGCUCCGUGCUAAUAUCCCACAAACGUUGGCGGCCAAACGGGACGUACCUGCAGUGUCUACCGCGGUGCGAGUGUGUCUGGGUGUGGAUGUGUGAAAACGAUUGUUUUUUGGGGGGGGGGGGGGGGGGGGGGAUGGGAUGGGUUGGUGGUCUUUUUACUCAAAAGACGAAGCUGGUUUCACCUUUUAAGGUGAUGUUGUUUGUUGUGUAUGUUUGGAUGGCUGAGGGGAAGCGGGGGGGGGGGAAUGUGUCGGGCGGGGAAUGAGAGCUGAAGUGUAAGUCGGUACCGAGGUACGAGAGAAGACCAGCGGAAACAAAACAGUCCACCUGCACCGGCCUGAACACUGUGAUCCAAAAACUAGACGGAGGUCCUCGAAGCGGUGCACUUCGUGACCUUUCUUUGGGAAUAUUUUCUUCUGAACAUUUGCAAUUGCACAGGUUGUUUGUACUUGUGCCACAAAGUACAUAGUACAUUUCUUCCCGUUUUUGUUUUCUCCAAACCACCCCCCUUCCCUCUUCCUACAACAUAAGUCUUUAACAUUUGCUGUUGAGAUAUUUUCAGCAUAGAACAGGAAUUGUGGUUCACCCUGCGUUUUGUUGUUUUAAUUUGUUUUAGUUUUAUAUCAUUUUGUUUUAUGACCAUUGCCUGGUUCUGAAUUGGAUGUGUACGUGCUAAACCUCUUAGGGGGAGGGUGAAGUUGUGUCAAAGGAGCGGUUUUAGUAGAAGGGGAAAAUGGUAAGAGAGUAUAAGCAGUAGCCCAUGUACAUGCAAAGAAAUGUAUUCCACCACCAGGUGCAAAGAGUUUGGGAAAUACAAGAAUGAUGGAGAAUGAUUAGGGUAAUUGUUUUUUUUUGUCUUCAUUUCGUACAGCUAGAAUUGGAAAAUCAUGGUUAAAAUGGAGGAUUAACACAUGGAAUUUAAUGUGGGGGAAACCUUUUGCUCUAACCGUUUUUUGUUGUUGUUGAAAGAGACACUUCAGCUGUGAACAUUUUAAAAGUAAUACAUUUACUGUUGAUUUUUAUAUAUUUUUGUUUGAUCAAGUGUGGCUGUGCUGGCGUCAAAAGAUCUAUCACAUAGUGCUUCUAACGGCCCACGCCUCCUAAUACAGAAGUGUUUUUUUUUUAUUUUGGAUUCAGGGGAUUUUCAGAGUGAGGAGGGACAGUGAUCUAACUGUUGUCACAAUUUGAUUCUUGCAUGUAGAUUAGGGCUGGGUAAAAAUAUCGAUUCAUCAAUGCACUGCAAUUUAUUUGUUCUCGAUUCAAUUACGAUUCAGAAUAUUUUGAAAUCGAUUAUUUCCAUUAGAAAAAAAAAAAGAAGCGUACUCAGUCAUUGUAAUCUAGAAGCGAGUAUGCCUAAAUGUACAUGCCCUUUUACAUUUGUCCAUGUUAUGAUUAUUACUUUUAUGCUGCAAGUUUAGCUCAGGAACAAUGGUGUAUUCCCUUUUUGCUAGUUAAAGCACAAUGAGAUGGUUAAUUCAUUUUGAAAUGGUUCAUUCUAAAUAAUAUUUAGGUAUGUUAUCAUCUGCACGUAUUAUUGAAUCGAUAUCGAAGCAAUUGGAUCAAUAUCAAAUCGAUAGCUAAUCAAGACCUAAAGAAUCAAAUUGAAUUGUGAGGUACCUGGCAAUACCCAGCCCUAAUGUAGAUCAUGACUACGAUGUCUAUACUACUGUCUUUUUGUUUGAUUUGCUUCACUUCACAAAUCACAAACAAUAAAACUAUGCUUUCAACAUCUGAAAUUCUAUGCAAAUUUAUGAUUCAAAAGUACGAUGGGAUGAUAAGAUUAUAUUUCGCCGUGAUUGCCUGAUACAACCCCCUGCCAACCCCCUCCAACUUGGUUUACCCCAUUAGCAAAUUUUGUGGUCUGAAUGAUGUACAGAUUUAAAGCUCUUUGGCGGGCAAGGAAGUAAACCUCUUUCUCAUUCUCUUAUUAUCUUUGGAAGGAACAAAAGCUUUGCAGAUGCUUUUGGUUGAAAGAUGGCUUCAUUCAUUUAUUUUUUUAUAUGUAUGGAAAUGGGAAACUCGAAGAUGGGCUGUAAAGAACAGGCCCUUUUUUAAUGGCGUUUUUAUCCCUUACCAGUCCAAAAGAAGGUAAUGAGGAUUUGCAAGACUCCAGCAGCCAUUUUCCUGUUACCCAUUUCUUUCCUCUUUUUUUCCAAUGAUCAAUGGAGGAGGAGAGGUGGGAAAGUCAUUCUCAUUUCAUUCUUGGUGCCUGGGUGCACUGCUCUGGAGAAUCCAAUUUGCGCCUGCUCCAAAUGCUGGCAGUAAGUGAGAAUUGAGAGAUGGACAUUUCAGAGAAUAGAUACUAAUAUGAUUUGUACAGUGAAAAAUGGUUGAAUAAAAGUUGUAUCUUAAUAUUUA